AUGGCACAGGACAACGCCGCCUUUUGCGGGGUCCCCGAGGGGGUCCCCGGGGAGGCGAAGCCCCCCCCGGUGCCCCCCCGACGGCGGGGGGCCAGCGCCCGCAAGCGCCAGCGUUACGUGGAGAAGGACGGCAAGUGCAACGUGCAACACGGGAACGUGCGGGAGACCUACCGCUACCUCACCGACAUCUUCACCACCUUGGUGGACCUCAAGUGGCGCUUCAGCCUCCUCGUCUUCAUCCUCGCCUACGCCGUCACCUGGCUCUUCUUCGGCCUCAUCUGGUGGUUCAUCGCCUACUGCCGGGGGGACCUGGACCACCUGGAGGACCACGCCUGGACGCCCUGCGUCAACAACCUCAACGGCUUCGUCUCCGCCUUCCUCUUCUCCAUCGAGACGGAGACCACCAUCGGCUACGGCCACCGCGUCAUCACCGACAAGUGUCCCGAAGGCAUCGUGCUGCUGCUGCUCCAGGCCAUCCUGGGCUCCAUGGUCAACGCCUUCAUGGUGGGCUGCAUGUUCGUGAAGAUCUCCCAGCCCAACAAACGAGCUGAGACCUUGGUCUUCUCCUCCCACGCCGUGGUCUCCCUGCGGGACGACCGCCUCUGCCUGAUGUUUCGCGUGGGCGACCUGCGGGACUCGCACAUCGUGGAGGCCUCCAUCCGCGCCAAGCUCAUCAAGUCCAAGCAGACGCAGGAGGGCGAGUUCAUCCCCCUGGACCAGACCGACCUGAGCGUGGGCUUCGAGACGGGCGACGACCGCCUCUUCCUCGUCUCGCCCCUCAUCAUCAGCCACGAGAUCGACGAGCGCAGCCCCUUCUGGGACGUCUCGCGGCACCAGCUGGAGAAGGACGAUUUCGAGAUCGUUGUCAUCCUCGAGGGAAUGGUGGAGGCCACAGGGAUGACGUGCCAGGCUCGGAGCUCGUACCUGGCGGACGAGGUGCUGUGGGGCCACCGCUUCACCCCGCUGCUGAGCCUGGAGGAGGGCUUCUACGAGGUGGACUACGGGGGCUUCCACCAGACCGUGCCCGUGCCCACCCCGGCCUGCAGUGCCCGGCAGCUGGCGGCGGCGGCCGCCCGCCGCGAUGCCCACCUCUACUGGUCCAUCCCCAGUCGCCUGGACCAGCCGCUGGAGGAGGCGGCGGCGGCGGCGGCGGGAGAGGGGGACCCCGACACCCCCCGGGAGAGCAACGGCACCCUGGCCAGCCCCGAGGCGCGGUGA